AUGUCAAAAUCGUCCGCAGACCCACUGUCUGGUGUCGGAACAGGCUCACAGUCUCACCAUUUUCAGGUAAGGGUCUCUUCUUUUUGGAUUCCAUGGCACUCAGCAAAGUAGAGCUUUAAAAUGGUGAACAUCUUGCUACUUGUUGUUUAAAUGAAAGCGUACAGCCUUGGCAUUACUUUCUACCUACGCCAGUUAAACUGCCGAUUGAUGCCAAUACAGCAGUAUAAGCAAUUGGCUAUGCCACACGAUAUGAUAUGUUAUCCGUUGAACAUUAUAAGUUGUCUAUGCAAUUUAAUUGUCGUUAUAGAGACAAAGUAGACAAGAUCAUUUGAUACAAUGUUCAUUGCUGAAGUGGGUUCUUCACUCACUGAUUUCUAACCCCAAUUCAGGCCUCUGAUUAUCUAAGCAUUGUGCAAUGGUGUUUUAUUAUUUAUUUUAAUGCAUUUCCUGCUUAAGCUCUGCCUAUAAUGCGUUGUACUCAACCAAAUCAGAUCAAUAUUAUCAUGUGUCUUAUAUUCAUCUGUAGCUGGAAAUAAACCGUAAAUAUCAAGCACUUCUUGACAGGUGUAUUUUGGAGUAGUUUAGAUCACCUGUAGCCUAUGUCUGCGAGCGCUUUUAUUGAAACACCAUUGCAAAAGCACUCUACCAUCUGGUUUUGGCAUUAAAGAGACUUCGGGGAUUCAUUGGCCUACAGUGCGAUAUUAUGUUUAACAGUUUGUCCAUAUUCUGUAUAGUGAAUGCAUGUCCAUUUUCAGGUCCAAAAACCUUUCCUCCAUUAAAAUGCUCCGCUCGCAAUCACAGUCCUCUGGGCACAGACUUAAUUUUAACGUCUAGUUUUGAUUUACAUUUGGUUGAGUUGUCAAAUUGAGUUGAUUAAAUUGAGAUUUUGUGUGACUGAUCUACACACAAUACCCCAAAAUGUCACAGUGGAAAUUAAUAAUAAAAAAUAAAUAAUAAUGGCAAGCCUAAAUACUUUCUGAAGUAGAAUUGUGCUUAACAAAUCACAUAAUAAGUUGCAUGGACUCAUUGUGUGUUCAAUAAUAUUGGUUAACAUGAUUUUUGAAUGACUACCCCAUCUCUGUACCCCACAAUUUCAAUUAUCUGUAAGGUCCCUGAAUCGAGUAGUGAAUUUCAAGCACAGAUUCAACCACAAAGACCAUGGAGGUUUUACAAUGCCUCGCAAAGAAGGACACCGAUUGGUAGAUGUGUAGAAAAUAAAAAAAGCAGAUGCUGAAUAUCCCUUUGAGCAUGGUGAAGUUAUUAAUUAGGCUUUGGAUGGUGUAUCAAUACGCCCAGUCACUUCAAAGAUACAGGCGUCCUUCCUAACUCAGUUGCCGGAGAGGAAGAAAACUGCUCAGGGAUUUCACCAUGAGGCCAAUGGUGAUUUUAAAACAGUUACAGUUUAAUGGUUGUGAAACAAUAGUAAGAUAACAAUAGCAAGGCUAUAUGCAGGGGGUACCAGCACAGAGUCAAUGUGCGGGGGUACCGGUUAGUCAGGGUAAUUGAGGUAAACUGUACAUGUAGGUAGAGUUAUUGAAUAACAAUGCAUAGAUAAUAAACAGAGAGUAGCAGCAGCGUAAAGGGGGGGGGGGGGGGGGCAAUGCAAAUAGUCUGGGUAGCCAUUUGGUUAGAUGUUCAGGAGACUUAUGGCUUGGGGGUAGAAGCUGUUUAGAAGCCUCUUGGACCUAGACUUGGCGCUCCAGUACCGCUUGCCGUGCGGUAGCAGAGAGAACAGUCUAUGACUAGGGUGGCUGGAGUCUUUGACAAUUUUUAGGGCCUUCCUCUGACACCGCCUGGUAUAGAGGUCCAGGAUGGCAGGAAGCUUGGCCCCAGUGAUGUACUGGGCCGUACGCACUACCCUCUGUAGUGCCUUGCGGUUGGAGGCCGAGCAGUUGCCAUACCAGGCAGUGAUGCAAACAGUCAGGAUGCUCUCAAUGGUGCAGCUGUAGAACCUUUUGAGGAUCUGAGGACCCAUGCCAAAUCCUUUCAGUCUCCUGAGGGGGAAUAGGUUUUGUCAUGGCCUCUUCAUGACUGUCUUGGUGUGCUUGGACCAUGUUAGUUUGUUGGUGAUGUGGACACAAAGGAACUUGAAGCUCCUCUUCUUUUUCCUGUAGUCCACAAUCAUCUCCUUUGUCUUGAUCACGUUGAGGGAGAGGUUGUUGUCCUGGCACCACAUGGCCAGGUCUCUGACCUCCUCCCUAUAGGAUGUCUUGUCGCUUUCGGUGAUCAGGCCUACCACUGUUGUGUCAUCGGCAAACUUAAUGUUGGUGUUGGAGUCGUGCCUGGCCAUGCAGUCAAGAGUGAACAGGGAGUACAGGAGGGGACUGAGCACGCACCCCUGAGGGGCCCCCGUGUUGAGGAUCAGCGUGGAGUGGCGCAUACUAACCUAAAUGACAGAGUGAAAAGAAGGAAGUCUGUACAAAAUAAAAAUAUUCCAAAACAUGCAUCCUGUUUGCAACAAGGUAAGUCAUACUGCAAAACAUGUGGCAAAGAAAUAAACGUUUUGUCCUGAAUGUAAAGUGUUAUGUUUGGGGCAAAUCCAAGAGAACACACUUUUUAAGCAUGGUGGUGGCUGCAUCAUGUUAUGGGUAUGCUUGAGUUCUGUCAUGAACCCUGCGUCCUGAGUCGGUUCCUGCCUGUGUUGCCAGUUUUCUGCCCUGAAUCUCCUGUUCCUGAAGGUUCUUGAACGCUCCCGGCCUGGUUGCCGGGCGACGUUGCUAGGCGGGAGAUCUCCCGAUUACCCGCACCUGCAUCUCAUCAGCGAUCUGCACACCUGGUCCUGAUCAUCACCCUUCAUAAGCUCUGACCUGACAUCCAUUCCCUGCCGGAUCGUUAGCCAUGAACAGUAUGUUUGUCAGCGUAUCAGCCCUUGAGUUUCUAGCGUUAGUUUUGUUGUUUUGCACCUUGUUGGCUUGUCGUGUACUUACCUCCGUUUGUUUCUAUCUACAGUCAAUCUCCCGGAAACUUCACCCAACCCCUGCCUGGUUGUCGGCGGCUGCCGAGCCAUUAUUGGAUCUGCCACUGCACCUCCACCAACUCAUCUCCGCCGCCCGCUCUGUCCCCUGGAUUAUUCUGCAUCGUUUUGUUGAAUCUGUUAAUAAAUACUCACCUUCGUUUCAACUCACCUUGUCCUGGUCUGCUUCUGGGUUCUGGCUUAGAAAACCGUGACAGAACGAUCCGGCCAGAAAUGAACCCAGCGGACCUGGACUCUGUUCGCCAUGCCGUUACCCAUCAGGAGAGGAUGUUGGGACAACAUAGCACAGCACUACAGGAGAUAGCGUUGUCAGUUCGGAACUUUUCUACCAGUCUGACGAAGAUCCAGGCUCAGCUCAGUUUGCCGGUGGAGAAUCCACUACCGGUUUCACCCAUCUCGCCUGCCGCUUCUGGAGCUGUGCCCUUCCGUGAGCCCAAGGUUCCGACGCCUGAUAAAUAUGAGGGGGAGUUGGGAAGAUGCCGUUCUUUUCUUAUGCAGUGUGGAUUAGUGUUCGAUCUACAGCCCCACUCUUAUGCCACAGACAAGGCUAGGAUAGCCUUUGUCAUUGAAUUGCUGCGUGGUAGAGCUCUGGAGUGGGCUUCAGCCGUAUGGGAACGACAGGACACCUGCAUGGCUUCAUACCAGGAGUUCACGGCCGAGAUGAGGAAGCUGUUUGACCAUCCCGUCCGAGGUAAGGACGCAGCUAAGCGCCUGUUUUCUCUUCGCCAAGGAACUCGCAGCGUUGCCGACUUCGUUAUCGAAUUCAGGACAUUGGCUGUGGAGAGUGGGUGGAAUGAGGAGUCACUGCAAGCGGCCUUUUACCAGGGGCUGUCGGAGCAACUCAAGGAUGAGUUGAUCUCCUAUCCGGAGCCUAGUGACCUGGACAGCUUGGUAGCCUUGUCUAUUCGGGUGGAUAACAGAGUUCGAGAGAGAAGGAGGGAGAAGCAAUGGGGCCCGUCCAAUCAAUCAGCUUCUCAGUUUCCAGUCGGGUCAGGGGGUGGACCAGAAUGCGUCGAUCAUUGUCCACCACACAGGAUUAGUGGAGAGGUCCUACCUCCAGAUUCUGAACCCAUGCAAGUGGGGCGGCACGGGUUAACCAAGGAGGAGCGCCAACAUAGACGUAAGACCAACCGCUGCCUCUACUGUGGUAGUUCGGGACAUUACAUCUCCACUUGUUCCCGGCGGUCGUCAAACUGCUCGGCUCGCUAAAGUUGGGAGGACUUUUAGCGAGCCAGUUUCAACCUCUCAAUACCUCUGUCAGAUCCCGUUUCCCGGCUACCCUCAUGAACAGGAGUCAGAGUUUAGCGAUUAACGCUUUCGUCGAUUCAGGUGCCGAUGGAAGCUUUAUUGAUGCUGACGUGGUGGAACAGCUGGGGCUUUCCAAGGAGCGAUUACCGGAAGCCAUUGAAGCUACCACUCUGAACGGCAGUAGUCUGGCACGUAUCACGAUGAGGACUGAACCGGUUAAGAUGCUGUUGUCAGGGAAUCAUUCUGAGGUUAUCUCAUUCUUCAUUCUGCCUUCUUCCCAUGUUCCUCUGGUCCUUGGAUACCCCUGGCUGAAGGAACACAAUCCCACGUUCGAUUGGGUGACUGGCAAGGUAACUAGUUGGAGCAUUGAUUGUCAUGCUAACUGCCUCAAGACUGCCUGUUCCCAUUCUGUUCCCAGUCAGGUGAUUGAGGCUAAACCCCCAGAUUUGUCCCUGGUUCCUGAGACAUAUCACGAUUUGGGGGAAGUGUUCAGUAAGCAGAGGGCUCUGUCACUCCCUCCCCACCGACCAUAUGAUUGUGCCAUAAACCUGUUCCCUGGAGCUGUCUAUCCCAAGGGAUGGUUAUACAGCAUCUCACGACCUGAACGUGAGGCUUUGGAGACCUACAUCAAGGAGUCCCUAGCUGCUGGUCUCAUUCGUCCCUCGUCAUCACCCCUGGGGGCAGGAUUCUUCUUUGUGGGUAAGAAGGAUGGCUCUCUUCGACCGUGUAUUGAUUAUCGGGGGUUGAAUGAUAUCACGGUCAAGAACAAGUAUCCCCUGCCCUUGAUGAGCUCUGCUUUCGACUCCUUACAGGGUGCUACUGUGUUCACCAAGCUGGACCUACGCAAUGCGUAUCACCUGGUCCGGAUCAGAGAGGGGGACGAGUGGUUGACGGGUUUCAAUACACCGAUGGGUCACUUCGAGUAUCAGGUGAUGCCGUUUGGACUGACCAAUGCUCCAGCAGUGUUCCAGAGUAUGGUGAAUGACGUCCUGAGAGAUAUGAUCGGUCUCUUUGUGUUUGUUUACCUGGAUGACAUUCUUAUUUUCUCGAAGGAACCUUCCAGCCACGUCCAGCAUGUCAGGCAGGUUCUGCAGCGAUUGUUGGAGAAUCGCCUGUUCGUGAAGGCCGAGAAGUGUGAGUUUCACGCCCACACUACAUCCUUCCUCGGGUACAUCAUCUCCAGGGGAGAGAUUAGGAUGGACCAGGAGAAGGUUAGGGCGGUUCUGGAUUGGGCCCAGCCCGGUACGAGAUUGCAGCUCCAGAGGUUUCUGGGGUUUGCGAAUUUCUAUCGCAGAUUCAUCCGGGAUUACAGCCGUGUGGCCGCUCCUUUAACUGCCCUGACUUCCAGUACCAGGACCUUCAGUUGGAAUCCUGAGGCGGACCGAGCGUUCCUGGAUUUGAAGAGGCGAUUCACCAACGCACCGAUUCUCUCUCAACCUGACACGGCCCGUCAGUUCGUUGUUGAAGUGGAUGCGUCUGAUGUGGGGGUUGGCGCCAUCCUGUCCCAGCGAUGCUCCACUGACGGUAAACUCCAUCCCUGCGCCUACUACUCUCGUCGUCUUUCGUCUGCGGAGAGGAACUACGAUGUGGGUAACCGGGAGCUUCUCGCAGUGAAGCUUGCCUUGGAGGAGUGGCGCCACUGGUUGGAGGGGGCGGAGCAACCGUUUAUUGUCUGGACUGACCACAAGAAUCUUGCUUACCUGCAAUCGGCUAGACGUCUCAACUCCCGUCAGGCCAGGUGGGCUUUGUUUUUCGGACGCUUUAAUUUUUCCCUGAUGUUCCGACCUGGGUCUAAGAACGGCAAGGCGGACGCCUUGUCCCGGCUGUUCUCCAAGACGGAGGAGAGUGGGGCCAAGACCGAGACGAUUCUUCCCCGGAACUGUGUCGUGGGAGCAGUUAUGUGGAGGAUUGAGGAGGAGGUUAUGGCGGCCCAUCGGACGCAGCCCGGUCCCGGUAACGGUCCACCCGGUCGGUUGUUUGUGCCUGAGUCGGUUCGUUCUGCUGUCCUCCAAUGGUCCCACGCCAGCAAGAUGGCUUGUCACCCUGGCGUGGCUCGGACGAUGGCGUUACUUCGCAGACGAUUUUGGUGGCCUGCCAUGGGAGAAGAUACUCGGAGGUUUGUUGCUGCCUGUCCAGUGUGUGCACAGAAUAAGAGUGCCAAUCGGCCCAGCUCUGGACUACUUCACCCCCUCCCUAUUCCCCGGCGACCAUGGUCGCAUCUGGCCCUGGACUUUGUCACUGGGUUGCCCUCUUCUGAGGGGAACACGGUCAUUCUGACUAUCGUGGACAGAUUCAGCAAGUUCGCCCACUUUGUGCCCAUUUCCAAGCUUCCCUCUGCCUCUGAGACGUCCGAGAUCCUGGUUAGGGAGAUUUUCAGGGUCCACGGGUUGCCCAGUGACAUAGUUUCCGACCGUGGUCCUCAGUUUACCUCUGCUGUCUGGAAGUCCUUCUGUUUGGCCAUUGGAGCUACAGUCAGUCUCACAUCUGGUUUUCACCCCCAAUCUAAUGGUCAGGCGGAGAGAGCCAACCAGAAGAUGGAAUCCACGCUACGCUGCCUUGUCUCCUCCAACCCCACCUCCUGGGUCUCUCAGUUGCCUUGGGUUGAGUAUGCCCACAAUACUCUCCCUACAUCUGCCACUGGGAUGUCUCCCUUCCAGUGCCUGUAUGGCUACCAACCUCCCUUGUUUCCUUCUCAGGAGAGGGAUCUCUCAGUGCCCUCUGUUCAGGCCCAAAUUCGUCGUUGCCACCGGACCUGGCAUCGGGCCAGAAAGGCCCUCCUUAGAGUUUCUGACCGGUAUCAGCUCCAGGCGAAUCGUCGCCGGAUUCCCGCCCCCACCUAUACCAUCGGAGAUAGGGUCUGGUUGGCCACACGGGAUCUUCCUCUGCGGACUGAGUCUAAGAAACUGUCACCGAAGUUCAUUGGUCCGUUUGUGGUGGAGAAAGUGAUCAAUCCUUUUGCGGUUCGACUCAAGUUACCCAGAACGCUCAGAGUCCAUCCCACCUUUCAUGUCUCCUGCCUCAAGCCUGUUCUCCUCAGUCCUCUGUUGCCCCCUCCGCCUCCUCCUCCUCCUCCUCGGAUGAUCGGAGGUGGUCCUGCCUACACGGUGCGCCGCAUUAUGGAUUCCAGACGGCGGGGCCGGGGUUUCCAGUAUCUCGUGGACUGGGAGGGGUAUGGGCCUGAAGAGAGGAGUUGGAUUCCUCGGCGUCAGAUCCUUGAUGCUGACCUCCUUCGUGACUUCUACCGCCUCCAUCCUGGCGCUCUGGGUAGUCCGCCCGGUGGCGUUCGUCGGAGGGGGGGUACUGUCAUGAACCCUGCGUCCUGAGUCGGUUCCUGCCUGUGUUGCCAGUUUUCUGCCCUGAAUCUCCUGUUCCUGAAGGUUCUUGAACGCUCCCGGCCUGGUUGCCGGGCGACGUUGCUAGGCGGGAGAUCUCCCGAUUACCCACACCUGCAUCUCAUCAGCGAUCUGCACACCUGGUCCUGAUCAUCACCCUUCAUAAGCUCUGACCUGACAUCCAUUCCCUGCCGGAUCGUUAGCCAUGAACAGUAUGUUUGUCAGCGUAUCAGCCCUUGAGUUUCUAGCGUUAGUUUUGUUGUUUUGCACCUUGUUGGCUUGUCGUGUACUUACCUCCGUUUGUUUCUAUCUACAGUCAAUCUCCCGGAACCUUCACCCAACCCCUGCCUGGUUGUCGGCGGCUGCCGAGCCAUUAUUGGAUCUGCCACUGCACCUCCACCAACUCAUCUCCGCCGCCCGCUCUGUCCCCUGGAUUAUUCUGCAUCGUUUUGUUGAAUCUGUUAAUAAAUACUCACCUUCGUUUCAACUCACCUUGUCCUGGUCUGCUUCUGGGUUCUGGCUUAGAAAACUGUGACAAGUUCUUUAGGAUAAAAUGAAACGGAAUACAGCUAAGCACAAGCAAAAUCCUAGAGGAAAAUCUGGUUCAGUAUUCCUUCCACACUGGGAGAUGAGUUCACCUUUUAGCAGGACAAUGGCCUAAAACACAAGGCCAAAUCUACACUGGAGUUGCUUACCAAGACGACAUUGAAUGUUCCUGAGUGGCUUAGUUACAGUUUUGACUUAAAUCUAAUUGAAAAUCUAUGACAAGACUUGAAAAUGGCUUUCUAGCAAUGAUCAACAACCAACUUGACAGAGAUUGGAGAAUUUGAAAAAGAAUAAUGUGCAAAUAUUGUACAAUCCAGGUGUACAAAACUCUUAGAGACUUACCCAAAAAGACUCACAGCUGUAAUCGCUGCCAAUGGUGUUUCUAACAUGUAUUUUCUCAGGGGGUUGAAUACUUAUCUAAAGAAGAUAUAUAAGUGUUUUAUUUUCAUACAAUUUUAAUAAAUCUUUAAUAAGUCUUCCACUUUGACAUUACUUUGCCCCCCUGGUAUUUUGUGUAGCUCGUUGACCAAAAAUGACAAUUAAAUCCAUUUUAAUCCCACUUUGUAACACAACAAAUUGUGGAAAACGUUGAGGGGUGUGAAUACUUUCUGAAGGCACUGUAUGAUCCACUAGGCUACUAGACACACUUAUUAUUAGCCAGACAGUAAUUACAUAUAUCCAGCCAGAACAACACCAUGCAAUACAGUAUGAUUUGAGAAAUGUAGAUUUGAAGAUUUGAGGAUGCACUUGGCUUGUUCUAGUCUCUAUCUUUAGAAAUGCUUGCGUAAACAUGUAUAUGAUAUAACUUAUUAAUAUAUACUGAAGCCACUAAUAUAUUAAUAUACUGAAGCCAUUUGUUUUAGGAAAGCAUAAUAGGCUAGGUGAAACCUACCAAUCUAUAGCUCUGCACUGCAGCCAUAACACUGGUGAAUGUGCCCAAAGAGAAAGUGGAUAAAUUACAAUAGUUCACUCAGGCUUUUUACCAUUGAAAAAAAAGGUAAUUUCCUGUCUACUUAAGGGGGUGGCUCUCCCAUAGACACCAAUGUGAUAGCAGCUGGGUCUGGUCUACUAAGUUCAUUAACUUCCAUUGAAACAUAAAAAAUGAAGGAGUGGGAUGUCUCGCUUCCUCUUCCGUCAUUGAUGUGCCUACUCCAGGGUGAAGAGACAACAAUGUUUAUAAUAAUGGUGCCAAAGCCAGAUAUCUUGUACGAUCGACUAUCCCCUCUUCCCCUUCCACUCGCUUCUCUUCUUUUCUCAUUCUCUUUCAUCCUUUACCUUACUACUCUCUCUCUCCUCCUCCUUCCCUUUGUUCUCUUGCCUCAUAACUUUGUCCUCACCUUUGUUUAUACCCUUUCUUUCCCCCUGUCUUUUUAUAUGAUUCCUGUCUGAUUCCUGUCUCAUCUCUCUUUGCCCCUCUUGCUUUCUUUCCUUUCUCAUCCCUCUCUCCUCUGCCAAAGCUGCCCAGGAAGUUGCCUAAGAGGAAAAGUCGGUUCAAACGUUCGGAUGGCAGCACGUCCUCAGACACCACCUCCAGCUUCAUCAAAAGACAGGUAACUUUAGAGUUCUUCACUAUCUCUUGUUACCAUGUGAAUGACAUAACCAAGGAUCUUGUGUCAAUUCAGUACUCUCAUACCACAUUCCACAAGCACUAAUAAAAUGAAAGGGUAUCAAAAAGGUUUUUGGGAUGCCUCCAGAUUUAAAAGUGGCCAUUUCCUUUGUCUUCUUCCGAGUCUUAUGGGAACCAAUCUCUGUGAUGUCUUUAUUAUGAGGCUUUUAAUUUGGUUUCAUUGGCUUUUACUAGUAUGAGUAAAUUUUUUCUGUAUUGUAAUUCUCAACAUGUCCAAUAGAGUGCAGUAUUGGUGUGUUAGAUGAAAAUCCCAACCCAGCCCCGUUUUUAAAAUUAAUGUUUUCAGGUCAAGCAAGCGUGAGUGGCAGGGGUGGAGAUUUGCUGUUAUUUAAGAAAAUCUCAAGAACUGGUGAGAAAAAGGAGAGAGAAAUAAGGUUAAGAUAACACUGCCACAUAAUUUAGAUUCAUCACCACGCCUAAACAGCACCCUUUUUGGUCUCUUUUACCCUAAUAAUUUCAUGCAGUGAAUUCAGUAUGGGGAGUAUGGGUGUUUUAUUUCAUUCUGUAUGUUUGAUGUAUGUUUGAUUGCCUGGUUCUGCAUGCUCUGUGUCUGGUGAUGAAUCUGGCUUGGUAAGCGUGUCAGUGCAGCAACCAGCCAGGCAGCUGCAGUUUAGUGCCUGGCCCAGUAGAGGGGAUCCCUGGCCUCUGUAGAAGCUCUAUGUGGAUAAAUCAGAGUUAAGAGCUUCAAUCAGGUUACAGUGCAUGAGUCCAAGACUGACAACAACACUGUGGUUCAGGGGCCUCUUCUUCACAAUGAUUAUGGGAGCAGAGGGAAUGCCAAAAGCCAGGGGGUAGAUUCUUACACCCCUCGGCAAAUGGAAUAAUGUGUGUGUGAAUGCAUGCCAGCCACCAGUUAGCAGGGAGAAGCUAGUGUUUUAUUAUGCCUAAGUAGCUAGAUGUUGGCAAAAUACCUAUCUCCCUGCAGGUUUAUAGACCCAUAAAGAUGCAGAUUAGGAGCAGCGUGUGGAGAUGUGUCUGUGUGUCCUGUCCUCAAAACAUGCAGCAGGCAGACAAGUUUGCUGUCACUCAGUCAGAAUGCUCAUCAGCGUUUCUUCUUCUUUCCCUACUCUUGCUUCACUUGUUAGAUAUUAUGCACAUUGAUAGCUUGCUAGCAAACGUCUUCGCCGAUUGAUUUAUCAUAGUAGCAGGCUAACAGGAGGCAGCAGCAAUCUAAAUGAUCAGACCGAAACAUAAGAUGAGAAGUGAUAGGUGAAAUAAGAAGCCAGUCAAUGGAGGGAGCUUCACUCUAUCCAAUCAGAGCAGCUGGAUCAACAUACAGCCCGCCCUUUACAGACAGGCAAACUAGCCAAUUUAGUUAUUUAGAACACGGUGCACGAUGCUGAGAAGGAAGACGAUGCGCUGUUGCCUUGGCUGCCUCCUUGUAGCUGCUAUUUUGGUGUUCACAAUUCUUCAUCAUUAUUACACUAUUGUUCUAAAUUCAAUCACCCUCUUCACCCUCCUCAUAAUUUUUGCCUGCGCUGCCCCAUGCGCUCCUCUGUGUGUGUGAGUAUCCAUAGCAACAGCUCCGUUUGGGCUGCUCAAUGACAAAACAUGAGAGAGCUGUUAGCUAACAUUAGCUAGCUACUUUUUGUCACGCUAAACUCCGACAAAUAGCUGUAACUUUUGAUUGGUAGAAGAUCAUUCUGUUCUGAUUCCUGAUUUAAAUAGCCGAGAAGUAGACCAAGAUGCCAUACCCUCUAAGUUUUUGUCUAAAGUGCUGCAAAAGUUGUCAACAUUUCAGUUGUUUAUAAAACGUUAGAGGAAAUGUGGUUGAUGCAGUUUAUUAAACAGCUGUAUCGUUAGAUUGCUAGGAGAUAUUUUUGUUACGAUUUCAGAUCUGAAGAGGUGAGAAGUAAAGGAAGAUUUCUUGUUUCGGAAAGUGGUCAAAGUAGCUGAUUUGUGUCAAAAGUAUCAUUGUUCACAAUGAAUGGAAUGUUGGAAGUCUGGGAGUUGAUUAUGUCACAAUGGGACCUUUAGAAUGUUGACUAAAUCCCAUGAAAGUGAAUGAAGAUGGACAAAAAAGGACAAAAAGCUUAAUAGUUUAAAAAGUAUUAAAUAUAUCAAAAAGUUGUAUGCAAGCACACUGGUCCUGACCGCUCUGCACGUUUUAAAGUUUGAAUUAUGUUUCUAGCUUAAACAGUCUAAGAAGUUGCGUUCAAAAUAAUAAUAAUACGUUUGACGAAGAAGUGGGGACUCAUUUGGAGGGCCAGGGUGAGGUGGUGUGUUUAACCUCCUAUAUCUCAUCAGCUUCACGCCUUACAUCUAUACAAAUACAGCUGUAUUGCUCCUUCUUACCUUCCUCAUUGGGGAUUUGUGUUUUUUGUGUUUGUGUGUGCGUGCGUGCGUGCCUGCAUGCAUGCAUGUACUGUAUGUGUGCAUGUAUGUGUGUGUGUGGUGUGUGGUGUGUGUGUGGUGUGUGAGUGGCUCUGUAUUUGUUGGAUUGUUGUCACUACUUAUUAGCACUUGAUAAUACCUUAAUAUUACAAAUUAUUAACUUUUUUUGUUAGACUAUGUUUUCCUUGUGAUAGGGAUGGUAUGGGGUUCCUUCCCAUAGUGGAGCAGUAUGACUCAUUGCUGCAGUAGAAUACAAUAUACUUUUAAUAUGUACAAUGUAUAUGAAAUAUAUACCACCUGAUAGUGGAAAUAGACAUUUAAAACACUCUCAUGGACAUAGCUGUGUUAGAAAUCUUGCUUAUAAUGCUGUGGAGUUAAAUGCUGAUCUGUUCCUAUUCUCAGAUGCUCUUGUGAGAGUGUGUGAGUGGAGGGGAGGGGAGGGGAGGGCUAUGUUAACACUGAACAUGACAUAACAUAAUGUACUGUAGGUUUCAAGUUUCAAGUUUUAUUAGUCGUAUGUACGGGAUACACAUGGUAUACACCAUCCAACAAAAUAAUUACUUGCAGGUUCCUUCUCGACAAUGCAACAACAAUAAGAAAUAAGAAAUUAUAAGAAUUCGAACACAAAGUAAAUGGCUCAGUAGAAUAGAAUAGGUAGGAUAUAAUAGGUAGGUACAGAGAGACAAAGACAUAGAGAAAGAGGUGGAUUUGAUCAAGUGACGUACUUCAGCUCUCAGCAAAAGGUCUGUGCGUGUGUCUGUGUGUGUGUGUGAGGGAGAGACAGAGAGAGAGCGAGAGAGAGAGAGAGAGAGAGAGGAGGGAGAUAGGGGAUCAUAGGAGUAUGUUCCAGUGCAUGUCUUCCCUGGCUCGGGGAAGGAGCACAGUACAGUACAGCAUGUAGCCUAGAGGAGUGACAGGCUGGCUCUAUCAUCACAAUGAGUAAGGACACAUCUCUUCCUCUCUCUAUUUCUUUCUCUUCCUCUCCUCUCCUCAAUGUCUCUCCAUCUCUUCUGUUUCUAUCAGCCUUUCUCCUCAUCUUCCCUGUUCUUUAUCUUUCAUUCUCCUCUCCCCCUCCUCCACAUCUCUCUCCCUCCACUUCUCUCUUUCAUUCCCUUCACAUCUCUAUUUAUCUGUGAAGCCCCCUAGUCUUUCUGUUUCUCCAUCUCUUCUCUGUCUCUUACAUCUUAUUCUUCCGCUUCCUACUUCAUUAUUUUCAUUGAAUCCAAAUACCUCAUGAAUUAAAAUGAUGGAUACUACACUCCUAGAGAAAAAGGUGCUAUCUGGAACCCAAAAGAGUUAUCCUAUGGGGUUCUCCUAUGGGAACAGCCGAAUAACCCUUUUGGAACCCUUUUUUCCAAGAGUGUAUAAGUUGUCCAUUUCAGAUCAGUUCAGAUCAGAUCUUAGUUGGUAGUGAUUGUUGUGGCUGUGGUCUGUGAUCUAUGAGUGUAUGUACGCCUUGUUGACUGUUAAAGGAGAAACCUGCCUUUACUUAACCACCUGUUUUACAACUACUAAGCAGAUGUACCCAGUUUGCAUUAGCACCUGCCUGUGUCGUAUUGGAAACAGCAUAGAGUCAUCAUCUUUCAAGACGUGUGUGUGUGCCUGCGUGCAUGUGUAUGCGUGUGUGUAUGAUGAUGAUUUUGGCCUCCAGAGGACUUGAUUGGCUGAUGACUGAUACCCUUGUCACCCUGUCUCACCCACCACCACCCCCCAGUAGAGUCGGGGGUCAAAAGCUCUGGUGUGAAGGCUAGAAGACUAAUCACAGAGAGGCAGAGGACAGGGGAAUGGAGUCCAGGCUAAAUAUAGCCUGACUGAGAUUAACAGGGAAAAACUGCAAUUCUGGAGUCUGGGUUUCAGCCAAACGGCAGCCCCGCCACUUGGUUUGGAACAGAACAAGCUACAUUGUCAGGAAAUUUAUUAAUUUGUCAAAUGUAUAGAUGGCGCUAUGAAUGUAAGGGUUGAUACUCCGCCAGAUCAACAUAUACAUGACAACGAAACAUUAACAAUGGAGUAAUACAACCUUAGAUUUGGGGUUAUGAUAGGGUAAGACGGUUGUAAAAGUGUACAGGGCUUAUACUGUAAGUUACAGUGCAUUUGGAAAGUAUUCAGACCCUUUCCCUUUUUCCACAUUUUCUUACGUUACAGCCUUAUUCUAAAAUGGAUGAAAUAAACAUUUUCCUCAUCAAUCUACACAAAAUCCCCAUAAGGACAAAGCAAAAACAGGUUUUUAGAAAAGUUUGCAAAUUAAAAAAAUUGCUAUGAGACUCGAAAUAGAGCUCAGGUGCAUCCUGUUUCCAUUGAUCAUCCUUGUGAUGUUUCUACAACUUGAUUGGAGUCCACCUGUGGUAAAUUCAAUUGAUUGGACAUGAUUUGGAAAGGCACACACCUGUCUAUAUAAGGUCCCACAGUUGACAGUGCAUGUCAGAGCAAAAACCAAGCCAUGAGGUCGAAGGAAUUGUCCGUAGAACUCCAAAUCAGGAUUGUGUCGUGGCACAGACCUGGGGAAGGGUACCAAAACAUUUCUGCAGCAUUUAAGGUCCCCAAGAACACAGUGGCCUCCAUCAUUCUUAAAUGGAGGAAGUUUGGAACCACCAAGACUCUUCCUAGAGCUGGCCGCCAGGCCAAACUGAGUAAUCGGGGGAGAAGGGCCUUGGUCAGGGAGGGGACCAAGAAGCCGAUGGUCACUCUGACAGAGCUCCAGAGUUCCUCUGUGGAGAUGGAAGAACCUUCCAAAAGGACAACCAUCUCUGCAGCACUCCACCAAUCAGGCCUUUAUGGUAGAGUGGCCAGACGGAAGCCACUCCUCAUGAAAAGGCACAUGACAGUGCGCUUGGAUUUAGCUUAAAGGCACCUAAAUGACUCUCAGACCAUGAGAAACAAGAUUCUCUGGUCUGAUGAAACCUAGAUUGAACUCUUUGGCCUGAAUGCCAAGCGGCACGUCUGGAGAAAACCUGGCACCAUCCCUACGGUGAAGCAUGGUGAUGGCAGCAUCAUGCUGUGGGGAUGUUUUUCAGCGGUAGGGACUGGGAGACUAGUCAGGAUCAAGGUAAAGAUGAACGGAGCAAAGUACAGAGAUCCUUGAUGAAAACCUGCUCUAGAGUGCUCAGGACCUCAGACUGGGGCGAAGGUUCACCUUCCAACAGGACAACGACCCUAAGCACACAGCCAAGACAAGAGUGGCUUGGGGACAAGUCUCUGAAUGUCUUUGAGUGGCCCAGCCAGAGCCCGGACUUGAACCCGAUCGAACAUCACUGGAGAGACCUGGAUAUAGCUGUGCAGCGACGCUCCCCAUUCAACCUGACAGAGCUUGAGAGGAUCUGUAGAGAAGAAUGGGAGAAACUCCCCAAAUACAGGUGUGCCAAGCUUGUAGCGUCAUACCCAAGAAGACUCAAGGCUGUAAUCACUGCCAAAGGUGCUUCAGCAAAGUACUGAGUAAAGGGUCUGAAUACUUAUGUAAAUGUGAUAUUUCAGUUUAUCUUUUUUUAUAAAUGUGCAAGAAUUGUCAUAUUUUUUUUUUUUUUUCAUUUUGGGUUAUUGUGUGUAGAUUGAUGAGGGAAAAAAAACAGUUUCAUCCAUUUUAGAAUAAGGUUGUAAUGUAACAAAAUGUGGAAAAAGUGAAGGGGUCUGAAUACUUUCCGAAUGCACUGUAUAUUCUUCAAGAUGAAUGAAAUUGAAAGUGAUAGGGAGAGAGGGAGUAAGAGAAAGACGGUGUGUGUCAAAUAAAAUAAAAUAAAAUAAUAUUUGUCACAUGCUUCGUAAACACAGUUGUAGACUAACAGUGAAAUGCUUACUUACGGGCCCUUCCCAACAAUGCAAAGAGUAAACUAUAUAAAAAAGAAUAACACGAGGAAUAGAUACACAAUGAGUAACGAUAACUUGGCUAUACACACAAGGUACCAUUACCGAGUUGAUGUGCAGGGGUACGAGGUAAUUGAGGUAGAUAUGUACAUAUAGGUAGGGGUAAAGUGACCAGGCAACAGGAUAGAUAAAAAACAGUAGCAGCAGCGAAUGUGAUGAGUCAAAAGAGUUCAAUGCAGUGUGCAAAGAGGGUCAAUGCAGGUAUCUAUUUGGUUAACUAUUUAGUAGAAGCAGGGUCCUGUCGGUUCCAGUGCAUCGGUACUGCUUGCCAUGCGGUAGAAAAGAGAACAGUCUGUGACUUGGGUGGCUGGAUUAUUUUAAAAAUUUUAGGGCCUUCCUCUGACACCGCCUGGUAUAGACGUCUUGGAUGGCAGGGAGCUCAGCCCCAGUGACGUACUGGGUCAUACGCAACACCCUCUGUAGCGUCUUGCGGUAGGAUGCCAAGCAUUUGCCAUACCAAGCAGUGAUGCAGCCAAUCAAAAGGGCUCUCAAUGGUGCAGCUUUAUAACUUUUUGAGGAUCUGAGGGCCCAGCCUCCUAAGGGGGAAGAAGUGUUGUCAUACCUUCUUCACGACUGUGUUGGUGUGUUUGGACCAUGUUAAUUCCUUAGUGAUGUGGACACCAAGGAACUUGAAGCUCUCAACCCGCUCCACCACAGCCCCGUUGAUGUGGAUGGGGGCGUGCUCGGCCCUCCGUUUCUUGUAGUCCACGAUCAGCUCCUUUGUCUUGCUGACGUUGAGGGAGAGGUUGUUGUCCUGGCACCACACUGCCAGGUCACUGACCUCCGCUCUAUAGGCGGUGUCAUCGUCAUCAGUGAUCAGGCCUACCACUAUCGUGUCAUCAGCAAACUUAAUGAAGGUGUUGGAGUUGUGCGCGGCCAUGCAGUCGUGGGUGAACAGGGAGUACAGGAGGGGACUAAGCACGCACCCCGGAGGGGCACCCGUGUUGAGAGUCAGCGUGGUGGAUGUGUUGUUGCCUACCUCUCCACCUGGGGGGCGGCCCGUCAGGAAGUCCAGGAUCCAGUUGCAGAGGGAGGUGUUCAGUCCCAGGGUCCUGAGCUUAGUGAUGAGCUUGGAGGGCAUUAUGGUGUUGAACACUGCGCUGCAGUCAAGGAACAGCAUUCUCACAUAGGUGUUACUCUUGUCCAGGUGGGAGAGGACAGUGUGGAGUGCAAUAGAGAUUGUGUCAUCUGUGGAUCUGUUGGGGCGGUAUGAUAAUUGGAGUGGGUCCAGGGUGUCUGGGAGAUGGUGUUGAUGUAAGCCCUGACCAGCCUUUCAAAGCAUUUCAUGGCUACAGAUGUGAGUUCUAUGGGGCAAUAGUAAUUUAGACAGGUUACCUUGGCGUUCUUAAGCACAGGGACUAUGAUGGUCUGCUUGAAACAUGUAGGUAUUACAGACUGGGUCAGGGAGAGGUUGAAAAUGUCAGUGAAGACACUUGCCAGCUGGUCAGCGCAUGCUCUGAGUAUGCGUCCUGGUAAUUAAUCUGGAACCCCGGCCUUGUGAAUGUUAACCUGUUUAAAGGUCCUACUCACAUCGGCUACGGAGAGCGUUGUCACACAGUCGUCCGGAACUGCUGGUGCUCUCAUGCAUGGUUCAGUGUUGCUUGCCUCGAAGCGAGCAUAGCAGGCAUUUAGCUCGUCUAGUAGGCUCGCGUCACUGGGCAGCUCGCGGCUGGGUUUCCCUUUGUAAUCUGUGAUAGUUUUCAAACCCUGUAACAGCUGACGAGCAUCAGAGCCGGCAUAGUAGGAUUCGAUCUUAGUCCUGUAUUGACGCUUUGUCUGUUUGAUGGCUCGUCGGAGGUCGUAGCGGGAUCUUUUGGCCACCAGAUUAGUGUCUCCUUGAAAGCGGCAACUCUAGCCUUUAGAUCAGUGCGGAUGUUGCCUGUAAUCCAUGGGAUAUGUACGUACGUACGGUCACUGUGGGGAUGAUGUCGUCGAUGCACUUAUUAAUGAAGCCGGUGACUGAUGUGGUAAACUCCUCGAUUUUAUCGGAUGAAUCCCGGAACAUAUUCCAGGGACCGACCAGGACCAACCCUGCUUAGCUUCAGAGGCAAGCCAGCAGUGGGAUGCAGGGUGGUAUGCUGCCGGCCCAAUUAUUAUCCAUGUCCUUGUUCAGCCACAAAUGUGAGAAAUAUAGGAUAUUACAGUUCUUCAGGUCCCGCUGAUAGGACAGUGUUGAACAGAGCUCGUCCAGUUUGUUCUCUAGUGAUUGUAUGUUCGCCUACAAAACAGAGGGCAAUGGCAGUCUAGAUGCUCGCCGACAUAGUCUAAUCAUGAGUGCUCUCACCACUGGUGUCCCCCAGGGCUCAGUUCUAGGCCCUCUCCUUUUCUCCCUAUACACCAAGUCACUUGGCUCUGUCAUAUCCUCACAUGGCCUCUCCUAUCAUUGCUACGCUGACGAUACACAACUAAUCUUCUCCUUUCCCCCUUCUGAUAACCAGGUGGCGAAUCGCAUCUCUGCAUGUCUGGCAGACAUAUCAGUAUGGAUGACGGAUCACCACCUCAAGCUGAACCCUGGCAAGACGGAGCUGCUCUUCCUCCCGGGGAAGGACUGCCCGUUCCAUGAUCUCGCCAUCACGGUUGACAACUCCGUUGUGUCCUCCUCCCAGAGUGCGAAGAGCCUUGGCGUGACCCUGGACAACACCCUGUCGUUCUCCGCUAACAUCAAGGCGGUGACCCGCUCCUGCAGGUUCAUGCUCUACAACAUUCGGAGAGUACGACCCUGCCUUACACAGGAAGCGGCACAGGUCCUAAUCCAGGCACUUGUCAUCUCCCGUCUGGAUUACUGCAACUCGCUGUUGGCUGGCCUCCCUGCCUGUGCCAUUAAACCCCUACAACUCAUCCAGAAUGCCGCAGCCCGUCUGGUGUUCAACCUUCCCAAGUUCUCUCACGUCACCCCCCCUCCUCCGCACACUCCACUGCUUCCAGUUGAAAGCUCGCAUCCGUUUACAAGACCAUGGUGCUUGCCUAUGGGCAGGUGGGGGAACGGCACCUCCGUACCUUCGGUGCUUCUGAUCAGUCCCUACACCCAAACGAGGGGCAUUGCGUUCAUCCAACCUCUGGCCUGCUUGUUUCCCCUUCCUCUGCGGAAGCAUAGUUCCCGCUCACGCCCAGUCAUAAAAACUGUGUUCCGCUGAUAUGGCACCCCAAUGGUGGAAACAACUCCUCACGACGGCCAGGACCAGCGGAGUCACUCACCCACCUUCCGGAGACAUUUGAUGAAAAAAAAAAAAAAAAAACCCCCCUCUUUAAGGAAUACCUGGGAUAGGAAAAGAAGAACCCACCCCCCAAAAAAAAAAAAAAAAAAAAAAAAAAAAAAAAAAAGUAAAAAAACAAAAAAAAAAAGAAAAAAACAAAAAAAAAAAAAAACAAAGAAAAGAAAAAAAAAAAAGAAAAAAAAAAAAAACAAAUGAAAAAAAAAAAAAAAAAAAAAGAAACAAAAAAAAAAAAAAGAAAAAAAAGAAAAAAAAAAAAAAAAAAAAAAAGAAAAACCCAAAAAAAAACAAAAAUACAAAAAAAAAAAAAACAAACACCACAACCCCCCCCCCCCCCCCCCCCCACCACCCCCAAAAAAAUAAAAAAUUAAAAAUAAAAUUUAAGUGGUUAUCCCACUGGCUAUAGGGUGAAUGAAGCACACAAUUUGUAAGUCGCUCUGGAUAGGAGCGUCUGCUAAAUGACGUAAUGUGCCCUUGGGCAACGGCACUUAACCCUAAUUGCUCCUGUAAGUCGCUCUGGAUAAGAGCGUCUGCUAAAUGACUAAAAUGUAAAUGUAAAUGUAAUGACGCUGCCUCGCCUGCCUCUCUCACCACCGCUUCCUCUUGCAAGUCCCAGGAAUCAGGGCCUGCAUAAUAUCCAGAGCUGCCGACUCAUGUACAUGUGUUCAUCCAAAUCAAGGUUAGUGAUCGCUGAUGCUGUUCUGAUGUCCAGAAGCUGUUUUCGGUCAUAGGAAAUGAUGGCAGCAACAUUAUGUACAGAAGAAGUUAAGAUCAGCGUAAAAAAAACACACAGAAUAGCAGAAUCGGUCAGGAGCCCGUAAGACGGCAGCUAUCCACUGCAGUGCCAUCUUGUGUGUGUGUGUAUGUGUGUUUUAUUGUGCUCUAAUCUCUAUCCUACCCUUUUUUUUCUCUCUUCUCACACUCCCUCCAUCCAUCCCUUUCUUGCUAUGUCUCUGUCCCUGCACAUCUCCUUUAGUGUUAUCUUUGAAUGCAUCUCUCUCUUUUCUCUUUUCCCCUUUGCUCAUCUCUGUGUAUUUUUUCUUUAAUGUAUGUCUCUGUCUAUCCUUCCCUCUCUUCCUCCCCCACCUCCUCACUCUGUCCUUCCCCUUACAAAAAAAAACACAUGUCAAAUUUGCAGUUUAAUAUUUCCACGUGUUAAAUUUAGUUUACAUGUUAACACCACCUUUUUACCUCAUGUGAAUUGCAGUUGCAUAUGUGAAAUUUGCUGUUUCACAUUUUAAAACUUUCACAUGUGAAAAACUUUCUCAUGUGAAAAUCUCACGUUCACAGGUGGAAUUGCAAGUUCCCUUGUGAAAAACAAUCAUAUGUGAAAAUCAAAAUAACAGUUACAUGUGGAGUUGAAAUGGUGUUAUUCUCCUCACAUGUGAAGAGGUGGUGUUAACAUGUUUCAGUAGCAAUGUUUCCACAUAUGGAAUUGCAAAUUCUGUAAUGCCAUUCUGUAAAAAGGUAACUUAGCCUACCUGAGUAGUGAGUAUAAUAAUUGAAGUGUGUUAAAAAAUAUAUUAUUAAGCCAUCCAUUCGGAGUGUUACUGCUGCAGGCGCACGCCUCUCUUCUUCAUACGUUGGUCUGUGACCGUUUGAAGAAGCCCAGUGAAAAGAACAGAGAAGCUAGCCCUCCAUGUCUCUUAUUUCUCGUUUUAACAUGUUAAAAUUAGCGCUGUCAGAGUUAAUCAGUUAACUCAAGUUAACUUUUUGUAAUUUUAGUACACAAUUGUUUUUAAUCACAUUGUCUGAAAGCGUCCAAAAUACAUAAUCUAUACAGCUAAAAACAACAAUGCAAGGUGACUUUGAGGUUAAAGAAAGUGUGUUUAUCAAUUUACCUGUAAUUGCUAACCGUAACUUUGGACAAAAUCAAAACGGCAAUAUUCUUGAAAUGCUAUUUGUAUUAAAAAAAUCUUACAUUAAAACACACAUCAGCACAUAGAGGUUCAUAAAGCCCCAAAGUGUUUCUCUCCUCCCCAAGGUGAAAAAAGGGGGCCAGGAGAGAGAGGGAGCGGAGAGCAGAGAGAGCUAGAGAGAAACAAAAAAGGAGAAAGAGCGAUCCGCGCGAGAGAGGAGAGAGAGAGAGAUCGAGCGCGAGAGAGAGAAACCCCAUGUAGGGAGCUCUCGAAGAUCUCUCUUAAUCAAAACUUUCUGGAGACGUCUCGAGAGCUAUCUCGCAUCAUCAAACACCGUUUCUAUCUCUCCUAUCUCACCCUUCUCUCUCUCUCUCUAUCUCUCUAUCUAUCUCUCGCUAUCUCCUCUCUCUCUCUUCUCUCUCUCUUCUCGCUCUCUCUCUAUCCUUCUCUCUCUCUCCUCUUCUUGUUCCCUGUCCGGACAGCUUUGUUCGCCGCAGCGUUCUGUAGUGUUGACAGAAUCAGGGCUGAGUUUCUUAUAGGAGCCAAAUAUAGGAGAGCAGGGAGCUUGUGAGAGGUAGAGAAACCAUGACAGACAUUGGAUGAUGAAGAGGAAGAGAGAAAUCCAAGAAAGAGAAAAUAGGAUGAUUUAGAGUGUGUAUAUUACCACCAAUAUGACACAGCAGUAGAACACGGCUCUGUGUGCUCAGGCUAUUUUUUGUGUGAUCUAUGACCAUCACCACACCACUAUUUAGAUAACAGCAGGAAAGGGAUGCAGUAAGUUCACGUCUAUGUGUGUGUGUGCGUGCAGGCAUGUGUGUACCUAUGUCUGUGAAAGAGAAAGGCUGCCUUUGUAAAUGGUUCCUCUGACCCCUGUCCUGAAAUCAACCACAACCACCUCUAUAUUUGUCUCACAACAAAUUUACCCUCUCUCUCCUCUCCGCCUCUCCUCUGCCUCUCCAGGGGUCGGCUGAUUCGUACACCAGUAGACCGUCGGAUUCCGACCUGUCAGCAGAGGAGGACCGUGAGGCGUAUCGGCGUGAAGCCGAGCGCCAGGCCCAGAUCCAGCUCCACAGAGCUAAGGUGAGUUUUGUUAUGACACACGCACACAAAAAUAUACACUACCGGUCAAAAGUUUUAGAACACCUACUCAUUCAAGAGUUUUUCUUUAUUUGUACCAUUUUCUACAUUGCAGAAUAAUAGUGAAGACAUCAAAACUAUGAAAUAACACAUAUGGAAUCAUGUAGUAACCAAAAAAGUGUUAAACAAAUCAAAAUAUAUUUGAGAUUUGAGAUUCUUCAAAUAGCCACCCUUUGCCUUGAUGACAGCUUUGCACACUCUUGGCAUUCUCUCAACCAGCUUCACCUGGAAUACUUUCCCAACAGUCUUGAAGGAGUUCCCACAUAUGCUGAGCACUUGUUGGCUGCUUUUCCUUCACUCUGAGGUCCGACUCAUCCCAAACCAUCUCAAUUUGGUUGAGGUCGGGGGAUUGUGGAGGCCAGGUCAUCUGAUGCAGCACUCCAUCACUCUCCUUCUUGGUAAAAUAGCCCUUACACAGCAUGGAGGUGUGUUUGGUCAUUGUCCUGUUGAAAACCAAAUGAUAGUCCCACUAAGCCCAAACCAGAUGGGAAGGCGUAUCGCUGCAGAAUUUUGUGGUAGCCAUGCUGGUUACAGUGCCUUGCAAAAGUAUUCAUCCCCCUUGGUGUUUUUCCUAUUUUGUUGCAUUACAACCUGUAAUUUAAAUGGAUUUUUAUUUGGAUUUCAUGUAAUGUACAUACACAAAAUAGUCCAAAUUGGUGAAGUGAAAUGAAAAAAGUUACUUGUUUCAAAAAAGUCAAAAAAAUUAAUAACGGAAAAGUGGUGCGUGCAUAUGUAUUCACUCCCUUUGCUAUGAAGCCCCUAAAUAAGAUCUGGUGUGGCCAAUUACCUUCAUAAGUCACAUAAUUAGUUAAAUAAAGUUCACCUGUGUGGAAUCUAAGUGUCACAUGAUCUCAGUAUAUAUACACCUGUUCUGAAAGGCCCCAGAGUCUGCAACACCACUAAGCAAGGGGCACCACCAAGCAAGCGGCACCAUGAAGACCAAGGAGCUCUGCAAACAGGUCAGGGACAAGGUUGUGGAGAAGUACAGAUCAGGGUUGGGUUAUAAAAAAAUAUAAAAAACUUUGAACAUCCCACGGAGUACCAUUAAAUCCAUGAUUUUAAAAAAUGGAAAGAAUAUGGCACCACAACAAAUGUACCAAGAGAGGGCCAACCACCAAAACGCCCGGACCAGGCAAGGAGGGCAUUAAUCAGAGAGGCAACAAAUAGACCAAAGAUAACCCUGAAGGAGCUGCAAAGCUCCACAGCGGAGAUUGGAGUACCUGUCCAUAGGACCACUUUAAGCCGUACACUCCACAGAGCUGGGAUUUACGGAAGGGUGGCCAGAAAAAAGCCAUUGCUUUAAGAAAAAAAUAAGCAAACACGUUUGGUGUUUGCCAAAAGGCAUGUGGGAGACUCCCCAAACAUAUGGAAGAAGGUACUCUGGUCAGAUGAGACAAAAAUUGAGCUUUUUUGCCAUCAAGGAAAAUGCUAUGUCUGGCGCAAACCCAACACCUUUCAUCACCCCGAGAACACCAUCCCCACAGUGAAGCAUGGUGGUGGCAGCAUCAUGCUAUGGGGAUGUUUUUCAUCGGCAGGGACUGGGAAACUGGUCAGAAUUGAAGGAAUGAUGGAUGGCGCUAAAUACAGGGAAAUUCUUGAGGGAAACCUGUUUCAGCCUUCCAGAGAUUUGAGACUGGGACGGAGGUUCACCUUCCAGCAGGACAAUAACCCUAAGCAUACUGCUAAAGCAACACUCGAGUGGUUUAAGGGGAAACAUUGAAAUGUCUUGGAAUGGCCUAGUCAAAGCCCAGACCUCAAUCCAUUUGAGAAUCUGUGGUAUGACUUAAAGAUCGCUGUACACCAGUGGAACCCAUCCAACUUCAAGGAGUUGGAGCAGUUUUGCCUUGAAGAAUGGGCAGAAAUCCCAGUGCUAGAUGUGCCAAGCUUAUAGAGACAUACCCCAAGAGACUUGCAGAUGUAAUUACUGUAAAAGGUGGCUCUACAAAGUAUUGACUUUAGGGGGGUGAAUAGUUAUGCACGGUCAAGUUUUCUUGUUUGUGGUAGGCAUGUUGUGUAAAUCAAAUGAUACAAACCCCCCAAAAAUCAAUUUUAAUUCCAGGUUGUAAGGCAACAAAACAGGAAAAAAUGCCAAGGGGGGUGAAUACUUUCGCAAGCCACUGUCAGUGUGCCUUGAAUUCUAAAUAAAUCACAGACAGUGUCACCAGCAAAGCACCCCCACACCAUAACACCUCCUCCUCCAUGCUUUACGGUGGGAAAUACACAUGCGGAGAUCAUCCGUUCACCCACACCGCAUCUCACAAAGACAGAGCGUCUGGAACCAAAAAUCUCCAAUUUGGACUCUAGACCAAAGGACAAAUUUCCACUGGUCUAAUGUCCAUUGCUCGUGUUUCUUGGCGCAAGCAAGUCUCUUGUUCGUAUUGGUGUCCUUUAGUAGUGGUUUCUUGCAGAAAUUCGACCAUGAAGGCCUGAUUCACACAGUCUCCUCUGAAUAGUUGAUGUUGAGAUGUGUCUCCCGGAACCUUCACCCAACCCCUGCCUGGUUGUCGGCGGCUGCCGAGCCAUCAUUGGAUCUGCCACUUCACCUCCACCAACUCAUCUCCGCCACCCGCUCUGUCCCCUGGAUUAUUCUGCAUCGUUUUUUUGAAUCUGUUAAUAAAUACUCACCUUCGUUCAACUCACCUUGUCCUGGUCUGCUUCUGGGUUCUGGCUUAGAAAACCGUGACAGUCUGUUACUUGAACUCUGUGAAGCAUUUAUUUGGGCUGCAAUUUCUGAGGCUGGUAACUCUAAUGAACUUAUCCUCUGAAGAAUAGGUAACUCUGGGUCUUCCAUUCCUGUGGCGGUCCUCAUGAGAGCCAGUUUCAUUAUAGCGCUUGAUGGUUUUUGCGACUGCACUUGAAGAAACGUUGAAAUGUUCCGUAUUGACUGACCUUCUUGUCUUAAAGUAAUGAUGGACUGUCAUUUCUCUUGGCUUAUUUGAGCUGUUCUUGCCAUAAUAUGGACUUGGACUUUUACCAAAUAGGGCUAUCUUCUUGUCACAACACAACUGAUUGGCUCAAACACAUUAAGAAGGAAAGAAAUUCCACAAAUUAACUUUUAAGAAGGCACACCUGUUAAUUCAAAUGCAUUCCAGGUGACUACCUCAUGAAGCUGGUUGAGAGAAUGCCAAGAGUGUGCAAAGCUGUCAUCAAGGCAAAGGGUGGCUAUUUGAAGAAUCUCAAAUAUAAAAUAUAUUUUGAUUUGUUUAACACUUUUUUGGUUAAUACAUGAAUCCAUAUGUGUUAUUUCAUAGUUUUGAUGUCUUCACUAGUAUUCUACAAUGUAGAAAAUAGUAAAAAUAAAUAAAAACCCUUGAAUGAGUAGGUGUUCUAAAACUUUUGACAGGUAGUGUACAUACUGCAGGAACGCAUGCACACACAGACACACACACACACACACACACACACUGUUAAUACUAAUUCAUGCCCACACACACACACACUAUUGGCAACACUAAUUGAAACGUUAAUGUUUGCUGUGCCUGCAGUCUAAACUUGUAGCGUUUGCAGUAAAGACCAAUGUGAGUUACUGUGGAGCUCUAGAUGGCGACUGUCCUGUUGAAGGAGCUGCAAUCAACUUCGAAGCCAAAGAUUUCCUACACAUUAAGGAGGUGAGGAACACUCCUCAAAAGGGGAGAACACACCUCUUACGUUCUCCCCACUUCAUCUCACUCCUCUUCCGGGCUCCACUCUUCUUCUCACUCCUCUUCCGUUCUCACCUCAUCAUCUCACUCCUCUUCCUCUCUCCCUUCUUCCGCUCACUCUUUGUCCUCUCACUCCUCUUCCUCUCUCCCUUCUUCCGCUCACUCCUCAUCCUCUCACUCCUCUUCCUCUCUCCCUUCUUCCGCUCACUCCUUGUCCUCUCACUUCUCUUCCUCUCUCCCUUCAUACCGCUCCCUCCUCGUCCUCUUCACUCCUCUUCCUCUCUCCCUUCAUCCGCUCACUCCUUGUCCUCUCACUCCUCUUCCUCUCUCCCUUCAUCCGCUCACUCCUCAUCCUCUCACUCCUCUUCCUCUCUCCCUUCUUCCGCUCACUCCUUGUCCUCUCACUCCUCUUCCUCUCUCCCUUCAUCCGCUCACUCCUUGUCCUCUCACUCCUCUUCCCUCUCUCCUCAUCCGCUCACUCCUCGUCCUCUCCCCUUCCUCUUCCUCUCUCCCUUCUUCCGCUCACUCCUUGUCCUCUCACUCCUCUUCCUCUCUCCCUUCAUUCCGCUCACUCCUUGUCCUCUCACUCCUCUUCCUCUCUCCCUUCCAUCCGCUCACUCCUCGUCCUCUCACUCCUCUUCCUCUCUCCCUUCUUCCGCUCACUCCUCUUCCUCUCUCCCUUCAUCCGCUCACUCCUUGUCCUCUCACUCCUCUUCCUCUCUCCCUUCUUCCGCUCACUCCUUGUCCUCUCAAUCUCUUCCUCUCUCCCUUCAUCCGCUCACUCCUUGUCCUCUCACUCCUCUUCCUCUUCCCUUCUUCCACUCACUCCUGUCCUCUCACUCCUCUUCCUCUCUCCCUUCAUCCGCUCACUCCUUGUCCUCUCACUCCUCUUCCUCUCUCCCUUCAUCCGCUCACUCCUCGUCCUCUCACUCUUCCCUCUCCCUCUUCGCGUCACUCCUUGUCCUCUCACUCCUCUUCCUCUCUCCCUUCAUCCGCUCACUCCUCGUCCUCUCACUCCUCUUCCUCUCUCCCUUCUUCCGCUCACUCCUUGUCCUCUCACUCCUCUCCUCUCUCCCUUCAUCCGCUCACUCCUCAUCCUCUCACUCCUCUUCCUCUCUCCCCUUCUUCCGCUCACUCCUUUGUCCUUUUCACUCCUCUUCCUCUCUCCACUUCAUCCGCUCACUCCUCGUCCUCUCACUCUCUUCCUCUCUCCUUCUUCCGCUCACUCCUUGGGUCCUCUCACUCCUCUUCCUCUCUCCCUUCAUCCGCUCACUCCUCGUCCUCUCACUCCUCUUCCUCUCUCCCUUCUUCCGCUCACUCCUGCCCUCUCACUCCUCUUCUCUCUCCCUUCAUCCGCUCACUCCUCGUCCUCUCACUCCUCUUCCUCUCUCCCUUCAUCCGCUCACUCCUCGUCCUCUCACUCCUCUUCCUCUCUCCCUUCAUCCGCUCACUCCUCGUCCUCUCACUCCUCUUCCUCUCUCCCUUCUUAUGCUCACUCCUUGUCCUCUCACUCCUCUUCCUCUCUCCCUUCUUACGCUCACUCCUGUCCUCUCACUCCUUUCCUCUCUCCCUUCAUCCGCUCACUCCUUGUCCUCUCACUCUCUUCCUCUCUCCCUUCAUCCGCUCACUCCUUGUCCUCUCACUCCUCUUCCUCCCCCUUCAUCGCUCACUCCUCGUCCUCUCACUCCUCUUCCUCUCUCCUUCUUCCGCUCACCCCUUGUCCUCUAAACUUCUCUUCCUCUCUCCCUUCAAUCCGCUCACUCCUCGUCCUCUCACUCCUCUUCCUCUUCUCCUUCUUCGCUCACUCCUUGUCCUCUCAUCCUCUUCCUCUCCCUUCUUUCCGCUCACUCCUCGUCCUUCACUCCUCUUCCUCUCUCCCUUCUUCCACUCACUCCUUGUCCUCUCACUCCUCUUCCUCUCUCCCUUCAUCCGCUCACUCCUUGUCCUCUCACUUCUCUUCCUCUCUCCCUUCAUCCGCUCACUCCUCGUCCUCUCACUCCUCUUCCUCUCUCCCUUCUUCCGCUCACUCCUUGUCCUCUCACUCCUCUUCCUCUCUCCCUUCAUCCGCUCACUCCUUGUCCUCUCACUCCUCUUCCUCUCUCCCUUCAUCCUCUCACUCCUCUUCCUCUCUCCCCUCAUCAUCUCACUCAUCUUCCUCUCACUCCUCUUCCUGUCACUCCUGAUGUGUUUCAUGGUGUAAUGUUGAGUUAUGUUGUAUUGUAACAGAAGUACAAUAAUGACUGGUGGAUUGGUCAUCUGGUGAAGGAGGGGGCAGACAUCACCUUCAUCCCCAGCCCUCUACGCCUGGAAGCUAUGAGACUCAAACACGUGCAGAAACAAAGGUGAACCAAAACUAACACUAAAGUUACAUUAUACACAAUUCUUGCCACAAAUGUUGUGUUCAUACGAUGUCCUGAUGUUUGUAAGAAUUUGGGACAUCUAGGGAAUAUCGGGGGCACAAUGUAAUAUUGUAUUGUGUCCUCACACUAACAUUGAACUGGCCUUCUUUACACUUAAGCCUUAACAUCAUAACCAUAACAGUAACCUUAAACCCCAACUAUGACCCAGGCUGUAACCCCUGACCUUUGUUCUGAUUUGUCUGUUGUCAAAGAUUGUCUAUUAUAUUGACAAGAUAGUCAAGUGACUGCUCUAACAAUGGAAAUACAUGUCCUCAAAGAUGAAAGGCAGGCAGCAGGAGGUGAGAUCAGGUAAACUCAAAUCAAAUUGUAUUUGUAAUGCUUCAUAAACAACAGGUGUAGAAUAACAGUGAAAUGCUUACUUACGGGCCCUUCCCAACAAUGCAGAGAGAAACAUUUUUAAAUAAUAGAAAGAUAAUAACAUGAAUAAAUACACAAUGAGUAACGAUAACUUGGCUAUAUACACAGGGUACCAGUACCGAGUCGGUGUGCAGGGGUAUGAGGGAAUUGAGGUAGAUAUGUAAAUACAGUUAGAGGUAAAGUGACUAGACAACAGGAUAGAUAAUAAGCAGCAGUAGCGUAUGUGAUGAGUCAAAAGAGUGCAAAGGGGGGUCAAUGCAGAUAGUCCGGGUAGCUAUUUGGUUAACUAUUUCGCAGUCUUAUGGCUUGGGGGUAGAAGCUGUUCAGGGUCCGGUUGGUUCCAGACUUGGUGCAACGUUACUGCUUGCCGUGCGGUAGCAGAGAGAACAGUCUAUGAGAGAAGCUGGAGUCUUUGACAAUUUUGACACGAGCGUCUACUUAUAUCAGUGCAUUCGUUACCACGUAAACAUUAGAAAACUUCUAUUCAAUCAAAUAAGCCUCAAAUAGCAAAUUAGCAAUUACAUUUUUUGUUGACCAAAGUCAACACUCUCUCAUUGACCUCCAUACAAAAAUGCCUUACUUCGUGGGCUUAUAUUCGUGGACAGAUUUUGGGCAGAGUAAAUAACACCUCUCGCUUCGCAUCUUCCUCUCUGCUGUUGUGCAGGAAAACAGGGGGGAACUCUUCCUCUAGUUUGGGUGACAUGGUGUCUGGGAGCUGGAGGACCACGUCACCAUCUGGUGGUAAGUAGAAGUAUUACAACAUCAGACCUUUUCCACAGGAAUGUAAUAUUGUAUUAUCACCUCAAUCUUGAUCUUUCUUCUCACUCACUGAUAUAAUGUCUUAUGUCACUGAUUGUAAUUCUCUUGUUUUCAAAAGACAAACAGAAGCAAAUGCAGGUAGAUUUUUAUCAUGUAGUCUUCUCUGAUACAAGCAUGAACCUGCCUUACAGGGUGUGAUUUUUAACCAAUUAUAGGAACUUCUAGCUUUGAUUGACACUCUCUCUUUCUCUUGGUAUCUGGCUCUUCUUUCAUACAGGAACACAUUCCUCCAUAUGACGUGGUCCCAUCUAUGCGGCCGGUGGUCUUAGUAGGACCGUCACUGAAGGGCUAUGAGGUAAACGUCUCUCUCUCUGGCUCCCUUCCAGUAAGGCCUAAAACAGUGUUUCUCUACCAGGGGCAGACAAACUAUGGUCCUUCUUCCUUGGGGGACCGAAUUACACCUGAGAUUUGACUAAAUGGGUGUCAGCUAAGCUAACCAUCUGAGGUAACGGUUGGUUGAGAAACACUUUCCUAAAACCAGUUAGGGGCAACCUCUAGUCUGCUCCAACUAGUGAUACGGAUUCACAUUCACAUUUCUCUCUCUGCUCCACAGCUGAAUAAUAUCUAAUUCAGACAGUGGAAUUAACACCAAACAUGGCUAAUUCAUUGAUCUAUAUUUAGCUGCUGUGUGAUGUUUAUUUGAUCUAGGGUUCAAAUUCAAUACAUUUCAAAGUAUGCUUAUUUAGGGAAGAGGAUUUCUCACAUACACUUGUUUAUUGUUUUGCCAAGUAUGCAUGUUGAAGCUGGAGGCUUAGAGUUAGAGAUACUGGGGUAAAGUUGUAUGUUUUUUACCCUAAUGCUUAGCUAGUUUCUUUGACAAUGAUAUGUGUGUAUCCAAGACCUUUCUCUCUCUUUCUCUCUCUUUAUCUUUCUCUACCCUCUCUCAGGUGACAGAUAUGAUGCAGAAAGCUCUGUUUGACUUCCUGAAACACAGGUUUGAUGGAAGGUUAGUAUAGACAGGCAUCAUGAUUAACCUACAGCUGCUCAUUAAUGUAGUUAGUUGUUUACUUCUCUAUUUUAUGUACAUCUAUGACAAAAGUGUUCUUUUGUUUGCUUGCUCUCUGUUUGAUCCCUUUCUGAAUCUUCAUCACAUUUACCACUGUGGUCUUCUAUCUGUAGUGUCUAUAAGCAGCGUAUUUGUGUUAUUUUCUGUGUGUUUAUCAUGUUUCGUUUUGGACGCCUGCAGAAUCUCCAUUACACGCAUCACGGCAGACCUUUCUCUAGCCAAGACAUCUGUCCUCAACAAGAGGCCCAUCAUGGAGAGAUCCAAUACUCGCUCCAGCCUGGGUGAGUACUCACGCAUGCACACACACACGCACACACACACACAUUCACUUUAACAUACACAUUUGCUCAUGUUAACACUAUUACGAAAUGUGUUAAGCGGCCAGAGUGCAUGGAUAGAUCUGAAGGUCAGGUACAGUAAUGUUAUGUAUCUCACUUCCCUACAGCUGAGGUCCAGAGUGAGAUAGAGAGGAUAUUUGAGCUGUCCAAAACCCUGCAGCUGGUGGUUCUGGAUGCAGACACCAUCAACCACCCGGCCCAGCUAGCCAAGACUUCCCUGGCCCCAAUCAUCGUUUACGUCAAAGUUUCCUCACCAAAGGUACAUAGACACAAUCAGUCACCUCAUACGUGUCCUGCAGAUGUAGUGUAAGUGGGCCUCAUUGAGGAUAUAUGAAGAUAUAUUUUCAUCUUUUGAAUUUGUCUUCUUUAUUAAGCCUUUAUAAAGCUACCUUCUCCCUCUAUCUCCCUCUCUCCCUGUCUCUCCUCCCCACUCUCUCUCAGGUGCUCCAGAGGCUGAUCAAGUCCCGGGGGAAGUCUCAGAGCAAACACCUGAACGUGCAGAUGAUGGCUGGGGACAAGCUAUCUCAAUGCCCCCCUGUAAGUGGACACAUUUUAAGUUUUAGUCAUUUAUCAGACGCUCUUAUCCAGAGCAAGUUACAGAAGCAAUUAGUGUUAAGUGCCUUGCUCAAGGGGAACAUCGACAGAUUUGUACCUUUUGGUUACUGGCCCAACGCUCUUAACCGCUAGGCUACCUGCUGCCCCACCAUACAGUACUAUUCACCAUUACAACCCAAUCAACUGUCUGACUUUGUUUACCCUCCCACUGUUCCCUCAUAGGAGAUGUUUGAUGUAAUUCUGGAUGAGAACCAAUUGGAGGAUGCAUGUCAGCACUUGGCUGAAUACCUAGAAGUCUACUGGCGUGCCACUCAUCUUCCCGGCACCACCCCUAUCAACGUGCUAUUGGAGCAGAACCUCAUGAUCCCGUCCUCAUCCAUCUCUAGCCUACAGGUGAGAUGCUUCCAUAUGGAUGGAGGGUUAAGGUGGAGAGGAACAGAGAUAGUUGGAGAGGGGAGAAUGGAAAGAGGACAGAUUAUGGGAUAGUGAGGAGUUUCUUUAGAGGAGGGGGGUCUUUAUGUGGUUGUUGUGUUGCAUCUGUCCUUACCAGCUCUUACAGUACUAUGCCAGAUUCCCCCUCUCCCCUCCCAUGUCUGUCUGUCCAUCUGUCUGUCCAUCCGUCCUCUCACUCAUCCCUGCUUAACGUUUUUGCAGUUUUCUGAAACACAGGAAUUAAUUGAAUGAGCGCUUACCAAACGGGGUGAGUAGGAGGGUUUCUGUAUGUGCAUUACUUCUCCCCUGCCCUCCUUAACCCCACCACCCCACCACCCUACACCAACCACACUUGGUGGAAUAAGAUCAACCAAUGUGUCUUAUUUCCCUCUCACACAAUAAACUCUCCUCCACACACAAAAGUCAUUAAUACCUAAGGUAUCUAGACUCCGUCCCAUCUCUUAUCCACCUGCCACCUCCAAGCCCCUGCAUAUUUGUUUGACACUGUGCUACAAGCUUCAAGGAUUCUAUGAUGAAAUCCGCAAAGCAGCCACAGGUUCAGGGCUUGACAGGGUAACAUGCUAGGUAACAUGCUAUAUUAAACAAAGUGUAAUAAUAAGAAUGUCAUAAUGUCUGAUAAAUGGCAUAUAUGUUAUAAUGCACACAGUGGAUGUAUUAGAUAUCUGCUGUAAACAAAUGGACCUGUUCCAUGACCAGACUCAUGCUUUUUGAAUGGCACACCCUCUCACGCUGACACAGAAUGCUACACUGAAUGAAACCUUUGGCUUGCGUUAAAAAAAUGGAAGUACGUCUAAACAAUUCAUAAACAAUUUAAUUGUUGAGCGGUGACCCGAUUCUGCAGGUUCAUGCUCUACAACAUUUGCAGAGUACGACCCUACCUUACACAGAAAGCGGCACAGGUCCUAAUCCAGGCACUUGUCAUCUCCCGUCUGGAUUACUGCAACUCGCUGUUGGCUGGGCUCCCUGCCUGUGCCAUUAAACCCCUACAACUUAUCCAGAAUGCUGCAGCCCGUCUGGUGUUCAACCUUCCCAAGUUCUCUCAUGUCACCCCGCUCCUCCACACACUCCACUGGCUUCCAGUUGAGGCUCGCAUCUACGACAAGACCAUGGUGCUUGCCUACGGAGCUGUGAGGGGAACGGCACCUCCUUACCUUCAGGCUCUGAUCAGACCCUACACCCAAACGAGGGCACUACGUUCAUCCACCUCUGGCCUGCUAGCUACCUCUACGGAAGCACAGUUCCCGCUCAGCCCAGUCAAAGCUAUUCGCUGCUCUGGCACCCCAAUGGUGGAACAAGCUCCCCCACGACGCCAGGACAGCGGAGUCACUGACCACCUUCCGGAGACACUUGAAACCCUACCUCUUUAAGGAAUACCUGGAAUAGUAUAAAAUAAUCCUUCUUCCCCCACCCCCCAUUAAAAAAAAUAAAACAAAGUGGUUGUCCCACUGGCUAUCAUAAGUUGAAUACACCAAUUUGUAAGUCGCUCUGGAUAAGAGCGUCUGCUAAAUGAUGUAAAUGUAAAUGUUGAGAUUGCUCCAGUUGAAAGUAUAUUGUUAAGAGGUGUGUUCAAGGUGAUUGGUUCAGAACAUAAACAAAUGUCAAUGCAAAACAUGCCACUAAUUUAAGAGACUGUAUUAACACUGUAAUACCAUGGAAUCCUUGUAACUGUUCCACUGUCAUCAGUGCUAUUUCCUUUGUGUAGAGUAUUAUCAUCUGUCUGUUAGUCUUAUGUUUGCUGCGCCCACCAGUUGUAGCUUCUUUGGUGUGAUGAGGAUAAUAAUAGACGAGGAGGCUACUUUUGGAAGCUGCCCCGGAUACUGUGAUGGAGCUCUCAUUUAAUCUCGCCCCCCCCUCUCUCCAACAACAAACCCCAGACCCAGAAUAAGAACCAGCCUCCAGUGCAGCAUGGCGGUGUGGGGGUGGAGGGUGAGGAGGAGGUAGGGGAGGAGGCCCACUCCACCCUGGAGCAGGACAGCCUGAUGCUGUCUGAAGAGGGCAGUGACUCCCUGUCCCGCGGCCUCAGGGAGGGCCCACCCCGGGAGGGCCCACCCCCACCCCUCCGGGGGGGUGAGGAGGACAAGGAGGAGGAAGAGCUGGUGGAGGAAUUAGAAGAGGAACUAGAUGAGGAGGAGGAUGAGUUCGAGUCUCCCUGCCACGCCCAAACUUACAGGGACAGGUACCACCCUCACCGCGGGCACCCCGGGGGCGUCCACAGCGCCAACGGGCAUGAGUCACAGGACCGGCUGCUCCAGCGUGAUGCCCAGCAGGGGCACAACCAGCGCAACAACCGCCACCGCAGCCGCCCCUGGCUCCGAGACAACUACUGA